AUGGAGAGCAACAAGCCCCUAUUUGGGAUUGCCGCGACACCCACAGACAAACCAGCGGGUGCAGCAACGGACGCUGCAGCGGAAGGAGCCGAUAACCUCAAAUGUGCGACUGGUCAGGACGUGGCCGGGGUAGCCGUGAGACCGAUCGAAGAAACGGCACCCGUCUGUCAAUGCUUAACACAGCCAAUCGAACACACGGCAACCAAGGACAUGGGUCACGAAGAGAGACUCCAUAUCUUCGUCGGCUUCAACAACGAAUGUCCACGGUAUUACCCAGGCAGCGUCAUCAAAUACAUAUCGUAUUUCGGCGGAUGGCCAGGAGGACAAGGACAAUUGAUCAGCGACACGAUGUGGGCUGCAGCAUCCGCGUGGAAUGCGCAGAAUAUCGGGGUGAGGUUCCAGUGGACCACGAAUCCAGCCGAGGCGACUUUCGAAGUGGUCUACGGCGGUGACAAGCCGGGUUUCGCAGCCAUGGCGUUCUUCCCCAAACCGCGGGGCGGGAACCAGGUGCUCGUGUAUUCGGCAUCUUUCACACCAGCAGGGUUGGCUCGAAUGCAAAAUUCUUUCCAGCAUGAGCUCGGACACAUCAUGGGGUUGCGACACGAGUUUGCAGACACCGAAACAGCACCCGCCGUGUUACUCGGAGCUCGGAAUUCUUUGUCGAUCAUGGGCUACGCGGUAGCCAGGACGAUACAGUCAACCGACGUCCAAUGGACUAGGGUCUUUUACUCUUUACCCAACGGGACCCCCAUUAUAGAUGCGACUCACUCAUUUCCGAUCCACGAUUACACCCCAUGA